AUGAAUGCUAUUAGUACGAUAUUUCUUCUUAUCGUAUUAUCUAUUUGUGAUGGAAAAUCAAUAUUAAAACGAAAAUGCGCAAAAGAUACAAUAGAUUUUGCAACGAAAGUAGAAAAUUCAUCGAUUGUCGUUUAUGGUAAAGCAACUGGAAAAGCCUUAGAAGAUGAAAGUGGAUCAACAUUUCGUGUUUCAUUUCGAGUUGAUUGUAUUUUGAAAGGACCAGCUGUACCAAGCUUGAUUAAUAUUACACAAGCUGGCCAAGUCGAAGGUAAAACAUAUUGUCAAAUUUUUCCUCUUGGCAAGGGCAAAGCAAUUGCUUUUCUUGAACCUGAUUCAUUAAAUGAUUCAAUAACAUUUAUUCCAUCUGAUUUUGUUGACAUACUUAUUGAAGAUGAUUCAUCAAAUGAAGUAUUAGCUGAUACAUGUAAUCUUCAACAAUUGGUACCGCUUGAUUCAUCAUUAUCAAUUACUAAUGUAUGUCCGUCUGUUUCAACUCAUUUUCAAUGUAUUCAGACAACAAUUAAAACUCAUAUGAAUUUAACGGAUAUUGCUUCAGGCUUAUCACCAACAGUUAUUCCAGAUGGAUCACAACAUGAAAUCGAUACUAUUCAAAGUAAAUCUGGUUCUAUUCAAGUUCUUGUUGAUAAACGUAAUGGAGUUAAUUCGAUAAAUAUUAGUAUACUUCUUAUCUUAAUGGCUAUUUCUUGUGUUCAAUUGAAUUAA